GCGCAGCGUGGGGAAAGAUGGCGGCGGCCGAGGAGGCCGGCGGCGACGGCGAGCAGUGGAGGCUGUGGCUGCCCCAGCAUGUUGUGUUCGUGCGGCUACGAGAGAGCCUGCGGGACCUGAGCCCUCCUGCGCCGGGCGCCGGGCAGCCAAGCUCGCCCAGUCUCACCAGGAACCUUCUCUUCGGGCUCGGCGCGGAGCUCUUCCUGUGGGACGGGGCGGCCGGCGCUUUCUUGGCAGUGCGCCUGCGCGGCCCAGGCCCCGCCCCUGGCGACGGGAGCCGGGGCGGCGGCGGCGGCGGCGGCGGCGGCGGCGGCGGCGGCGAGGGCCCCGCCCUGAGCCGCUAUCAGAGAUUGCUUUGUAUAAAUCCACCCCUAUUUGAAGUCUACCAAGUCCUGUUGAGCCCGACUCACCAUCAUGUGGCUCUUAUUGGCACCAGGGGACUAACCAUCUUAGAGCUUCCAAAACGAUGGGGGAAGAAUUCUGAAUUUGAAGGUGGGAAAUCAACGGUGAACUGUAGCACGACUCCUGUUGCUGAGAGGUUCUUCAGCAGCUCCCCCUCCCUGAGCCUGAAGCACGCUGCCUGGUACCCAAGUGAAGUGCUAGACCCGCAUGUGGUACUGCUGACGUCAGACAACGUGAUACGGAUCUAUUGUCUGCGGGAGCCCCAGAUCCCAGUGAAGGUGAUCCCCCUUUCUGAUGCCGAGGAAGAAAACUUGAUCCUCAACAGAGGGAGGGCGUACACGGCAUCCCUUGGAGAGACGGCCGUCGCAUUUGACUUUGGGCCUCUGGCAACAGUGCCCAAAAAUGUCUUUGGACAACGAGGCCAAGAGGAGGUGCUGGCCUACCCCCUGUACAUCCUGUAUGAGAAUGGGGAGACCUUCCUUACGUAUGUGAGUCUGAUGCAAAGCAUUGCAUCCCUGGGGAAGCUCUUGGGACCCCUGCCCAUGCAUCCAGCUGCCGAGGACAACUACGGCUAUGACGCCUGCGCCAUCCUCUGCCUGCCCUGCGUGCCCAACAUUCUCGUCAUUGCCACUGAGUCAGGGAUGCUGUACCACUGUGUGGUGCUGGAAGGGGAGGAGGAGGACGAGCAGCAUUCAGAGAAAUCCUGGGAUUCCCGGGCCGACCUCAUCCCUUCUCUCUACGUGUUCGAGUGUGUGGAGUUGGAGCUCGCUCUCAGACUGGCCUCUGGAGAAGAGGACGAUGACCCCUUCGAGUCGGACUUCUCUUGUCCCAUUAAGCUGCACCGAGAUCCCAAAUGUCCCUCCCGAUAUCAUUGUACCCAUGAGGCCGGUGUCCACAGUGUGGGGCUGACUUGGAUCCACAAACUUCACAGAUUUCUUGGGUCGGAUGAGGAAGAUAAAGACAGUUUGCAAGAACUCGCUGCUGAACAGAAAUGCUUCGUAGAACACAUCCUCUGUACAAAGCCCCUGCCCUGCAGGCAGCCGGCUCCCAUCCGAGGUUUCUGGAUCGUGUCUGAUGUUUUGGGGCCCACAAUGGUGUGUGUCACCAACACCUAUGAGUGCCUCACCAGGCCUCUGCUAAGUACAGUCCACCCCACAUCUCCUCCUCUGCUCUGUGCCCGCGAGGACGUCGGCAUGGCACAGUCUCCCCUGCGCAUCCUGGCAGAGACCCAGGACUCCUUUGAGAAACACAUUCGGAGUACCCUGCAGCGCAGUGCAGCCAAUCCUGUGUUUCUGAAAUCCUCUGACAAGGAUGUGGCGCCUCCCCCUGAAGAAUGCCUCCAGCUGCUCAGUCGGGCCACGCAGGUAUUCCGAGAUGAGUACAUCCUGAAGCAGGACCUGGCCAAAGAGGAGAUCCAGCGGAGGGUGAAGUUGUUAUGUGGCCAGAAGAAGAAGCAACUUGAAGAUCUCAACUACUGCCGAGAGGAGAGGAAAAGUCUCCGAGAGAUGGCUGAGCGCUUGGCGGACAAAUACGAGGAGGCCAAGGAGCGCCAGGAAGAUCUCAUGAACAGGAUGAAGCAGCUUCUGCGAAGCUUCCACUCCCAGCUGCCAGUCCUCUCUGACAGUGAGAGGGAGAUGAAGAAGGAGCUGCAGAUGAUCCCCGACCAGCUUCGGCACCUGGGCAAUGCCAUCAAGCAGGUCACAAUGAAGAAGGACUACCAGCAGAGAAAGAUGGAAAGGGGGACGAGUCCCCAGAAGCCCACCAUUACGCUCAGCGCCUACCAGCGCAAGUGCAUCCGGACUGUUCUGAAGGAAGAGGGUGAACACAUACGAGAGAUGGUGAAGCAAAUUAACGACAUCCGCAAUCAUGUCAACUUCUGACCAAGGCCGGAGCAAGCAACAGAGAGCUUCAAGUGGACCCCUGGGGAGGAGGCCUCUGGGAGUGUCUGCCCACUGGAUUUUAUAAAUACCAAAUAAAUACGUUUUAUAAGGAAGGAGUGACUGGGCCGGCUUGGCUUCCAGGCUGGCUGGGACGCGCUCCCUGCAUGGACACAGUGACCCACACAGUCCCACUGGGCAGCAGCUUUUGUUUUUAAUGUGAACACGCGUAAGGACACACCUUCAGUACAGUUAACAAUGGUUACAGUUGAUUGAUAGCCACGAUCGCACAAGACAUCAACAGCGCGCUUGACUUCUGUCUGGGGAGCAGGAAAAGGGGUUAAGAAAGCGGGCGUUCAGAGCAUGGUCCUGGCCCCCAACAGAAGGGGAGCCAGGCUGCCCUAGGGAAGGGGAUGCACCGGCCACACCCAAGAAAAAGGGAGCAGCUUUCUCUGGGGUGCUCUCUAGCUCAUGGCCAGCUCAUGAGGGAGCUAGGAGGCCUUCAGGAGGUGGGAUUUGACUCUUCAAAAUACCUUGAAUAACACCAGUUCCAAAGAGGGAGGGGCUGGCAGAAGGUCCCAAUAGUCAGAAAGGUGUGGUAAUGGCCAGGCCUGCCCCAUGUGGCAGCUCCCUCCUCAUGAAUGCUCCAGAUGCCCUCACCAUGAUAAGCUGGUGCAGGGCCCCUCCCCCCAAUUAAUGCAGGUGAUUCCAUAAAGCUACCAGAAAGAAGGCCCUCCAGCAAUUAUUAACAGUUGGCUGUUUUCCCCAGCCAGUCCCACUCCAAACAACAGGAAGAGAACUACAAUGGUGGCUCCAAGUCUUUUGAAAUGGAAUGGGGGGGGGGGGGGUACUUGAUGGGGGGCAGCUGUGGGCAAUUUGUGGAAAAGGGAUUCCUGGUCACAUGUGUUUGUGCUUUUCUCAAACCUCCACUUUGGGUUUCCAGAGCCCACUUACACACUCACCUAGGCAGGUUCGCUUGGGGAGUUUUCCGUGGGGGUCUUCGUCUUCCCGACAAGACAAAACAGCAUAAACUGGGCUUGGAAAUACAAUCACUACCCAAUGACCUGCUCACAAAUUCAUAUUUUAAUAUAAAAUAUUCAUACAGCAGA